UAUAUAUGUUGCAAUGAAAUUAAAGUCAUCUUGUGUACUAGAUUAAAAUUGAUUCCUGCCAUUUAAUGUCAUCUCAAAUGCUGGUAUCAAAUGUGUCAAGAAGUCAAGAGACCUUGGGAGACAUCUUGUGUGGUAUAAACAAAGAAGCACCACCGAACAGUCCUUACUCACAAGAGUUUAAACUGGCUGUGAACAUUCCAAGCAGUGUUUGCAAUCAAUGCAUGUUUGCCAACUUUACUUCAGGACUGCCAACACAGAAUCCCGGAGGAUGACUGGAACAAGAUAUCAGGUGGAAAAAAGUACAGUAUACAAGUAAGUGUGCAUGGUGUCUCUGCACUCCUACUUGUGGAACCUGGCUCCAGAAUGUUGACAAUCAGCUGUAGAGACUUACAACUGUGUUACCAAAUAAAGAAAACAGUACUGAAAAGACUUGAAAACUCUGAGGCUAAAAACAUUUCUGAAAAUCUUGUGCUCGAUAUCCAGGCUUUAUAUCAGUCUUUUGAAAUUGAAAGCUUGCGAGAAAACCCAAAUAUUCAGUCUUUGGAAGUAGUAAGACAGAAACUAAGAAACUACGAUAUCAUCACACCUGCCAAUAUGAGGAAGAGGUGUGAAUAUAAAAUCUGGCAACAAGUCUGCAUGAUUCAAACUCCAUCCAUGUACAUAACUGUAGGUUUCUUAAUAUUGUCUGUGCCCAGGAGCUGUUAUUCCUCUCUAGUAAUUAGCAGACAAUGUUAACUCAGAGUGACAACUUUGAA